AUGGCUCCAACAUCUGCGGGCCUUUUUUCUGUCCUCAGAUUAAAUAAAUUUCCAAAUAAUUUUUAUUUAAAAAUUUUUAUUUUUCUUCUUGCCUUAUUUACUACUUUAAAUUGUUCUGUAAAUGUUGCAAAAUUUAAUGCUCGUCUUUCAGUAUUUAGCAGUGAUUUUGAAACAUUACAACAAAGGCAUAAAAGAGCAACAACAGAAUCUUUAUUAACAGUAGAAUGGGAAGGGAUUCAAAGUGGUGACCAUCCGGAUUCUUCUAUUAGAGGUUUUAUUGUUGAAUAUAAAGCUGAAGGUGAAAAUCAAUGGAAUGUGCAUUCUGGGAUUAUACCUUACAAAGGGCCUAAUCAUCAAUACAGAGUACAGGCAUGUGGAAAUUUUUAUGAAGAGUUAUAUCUUAAGAUACCCAAAUUACCAACAGGAAUAUCAUACUUUGUUCGCAUAAAAGUUUUGGGUUCUAAAGGAGAAGUUUUGGUUGAAACACCAGAAAUUCGUGCCAAAAACGAAAUUGUUUCGAUACAUUGUGAACCUGAAGAAAUUACUUCUCCAAACAAUAUUAAAAUUAAAGAACAAUCAAAAUUUAGUAUAGCAAUUACUUGGCAGCCCCCAGAAUGUGGGUCUAUUGGAGAAUAUCAACUAGAAUUGAAAGGAUUGAAUUUACAAAGUUUUGAUGUUCACAGACAAACAGUUUCGCAACCACAAGCAUCGAUUAGUGGAUUGAUUUCUGGAACUGAAUACUCUUUGAGGAUUAGAGCUAUUGAUAGGGCUAGGAUUGUUGGACCGUGGAGUGAAGAGCUAAUAACUGUGAGUACAAAAGGAGAAUUACCAGAACAAUUAUCUAACGCACAAUUAGAAUAUAUUAGCGAUAAAGAAGUUCGAAUAAGUUGGACACCUCUAGACCAUCCAAGAUUACAACAUUAUGAGAUUGUUUUGACUGAAAUAAUUAAUAAUUCAAAACAAAAAAACACAAAACAACACAAAGAAGACGAAGAGGAUGGAGAAAAAGUUGAAAGAACUCGUGUUGCCCCAACACAAACAAAUGUUUAUUUUGGUGAUCUUAAGCCUGAUACUGAAUAUAAAAUUGGUGUUUUGGCAUAUAUUGAUCACGAGCCUGUUAGACUUCAACGCUUAACUUUGCAAACAAAUAUUGAACAUCCAAUUGAAUCAAGCCAAAAACCUAUGGUUUUACAAUUAGAAAGUGGGGAAUAUGAAGUUCAUUGGAAGCCUCAACCAGAACUUCAAUAUAGCCAAUAUAUUUUAGAAUAUAAAUUAGGAAAUGAAACAACAAAAUGGUAUUUAUUAACAAAAAAAGAAGAAACAAAUCAACAACAACAACAACAAAGUUAUUCAAUAAAAACAACAAAAUUGGAAGAUGCAAUUUCUGUUCGUUUAUUAUUUAUUGGAGAAAAAGAAGAGGGGAAAAAGCCUAUUUUAAUUGCAAAAACAGAAGAAUCUUUAGUUGGGCACAAAUCUAUUGGAAAUUCUUGUGAAAGAGUAGCUAGUGGAGAACCUAAAUUUUUGGAAGAAGAAGGGGAAGGGGAAGUAAAGAAUAAAAUUGUGUUAAUACCCGAAACUAUUAAAUUUAAAUGGGAACAAGUUAAAUGUGAAGGACAUAUUGAAGGGUGGGAAUAUAUGAUUUGGCCAGCAGAAGACGGCCAUCAACCAUUAGAGGGAUCUGUUCCAGAAUUUACUUCCCAACCCCAAGUUUUACUUCAAGGACUUGAAGCAUCCACAGAAUAUCGUUUUAAAGUAAGGCAUAGAUUGCCCCAUGGAGGACAUGGUCCUUGGAGUCCAACAGCUAGUGGACGUACAAAAAUUAGUAAAAAAGAAGGAGAAGAAGAAAAAGAGGAAGGAGGAGAAACAUCUGAAAAUAUUUAUAGAUUAAGAAUUGCUUUAGUACCUCCACGUUCUUUUCUAGUUUGGACACCUUUGCCUGAACAUGCUAAAAGAAUACAUAGAUUUAAAGUUUCUCACAAGCCAACAGCACCAACACUCGCCGAUGGCGUCACUGUCGAAGGCCCAACGGAACAAUUUGUUGCCUGCCCACCAGGCAUUUCACAACCCGGAGUUGAUUUUUGUUUAGACCUUCGAGGGCUUGAAUUGGGGAGACAAUAUUCUGCAGAAAUUUUGUAUCAACUCGAUGGGCCAACUGGAAAGUGGAGUAAAAAGGGGGCUCCUCUCUUCUUUAUUUUGGUUGAUGAAGAUGUUAAUAAAGAAGAAAAAGGGCAACAACAACAAUUAAAUAUUGGGCAAAUACGUAUUGAACAAUUAGAAGGAAAACCAAAAUCUGUCGUUCAUUGGACAGCCGAUGGCCCUAUGUUGGAUCAAAUACGUGCCUACCAAGUUGAAAUUCGUGGUGGCCCUCAACAAAUAUGGCGUCCAAUUAGUGGAUAUGUUGCUGCUGUACAGGCCGGUCAAAAACAAUUUAGAGUUGAAAUAGAUAGUGCUUUGUUGGCUGGGCAAGCUGAAAUUCGUUUGAAAGCUUUGGGCUCUGAUGGAAAACCUGUAGUGGAAAGUUUACCGCUUGGAACUGGAAAGCCUUGUGAACCAAUAACACAAUCUCCAAAAGACGUAAUUUUAACAACCGAAAGAAGUAGUUAUUUAAUAAUUCGAUGGACAUUUCCACAACCCAAAGACUUGAAAGAAAUUGAGCGUUGUCAUUUCCAUUUUUUGGUUGGAGGAAUAUUAAAUGGGGCAGCUUUACAAAGAACUGUUGAUGGAAAUUUGAGAGAAUUAAAAUUAGAAAUUGAAGAAAAAAUAAAAGGAAGACUACUUUCCCCUCAAAAUAUUCGUUUAAGUGUACAUGCAGUUAAUAGAUUGGGGGCUGGGCCUGCUUCUAUUCCUGUUUCUGUUGUUGGUGGAAUUGAAAAUAUGGCAACAUUGCCUGAAAAAACUAACAACCAAAACCAACACAAACGUUUUCGACGCAAAAUAUGUGACCCGAGAACUGAUUUUUGGUGUCGUGAAGAAUCUUUUAAUGUUAAUGAUGGGUUGCCUCACGAAAAAGCUUUAAUUUCACCUCCAACAGUCUCAACCUCACCAGAAGGUUCUCUACAAGUUCAGUGGCGUUCUAAAGGGCCGGGACGUGGAGUUUUUGGUUAUCGAGUGCUUUAUAGAUAUCCGGGUGGUGGAUGGAACCCUUACGGUCAAAUAGUUCCUUAUACCGGAGAUGAUGAGGACUACAAUUUGGCAUUGACCGGACUUUCUCCAGGAGUUCCUUACGAAUUAAAAAUCCAAACACUCGACAGAAACUCUUAUGUUUUGUUUACUUCACAAGAUGUUCGUUCAUCUUCUACAUGUCUUCCACCAACACAGCCACCUUCUCAAUUAGCUAUUGAUGCACCUGAUGCUCGACAUGUUCGAGUUACUUGGGUACCGGUGGUGCAAAGUGUUUGGAAAUGUUCGGAAGCAAAAGUGGAAUUACAAAUCGACGAACCACGCGGAAAACCACCAGUUUUCCUAGAUGCAAGACAAAGCAGUCAUGUAUUUGAUGCAUUGCCUGCUCAGCGCAUGGCAAGAGACUUCUUAAAGAUAUUUUUAAUAAAAGAAUAUUUUCUAAAGACAAUUCGUGCUCGAACCACAAACGAAGCCGGCCAUUCACCUUGGUCUUCAUCCGUCUCAGUUUCGACUCUUUCUUCUGCCCAAUCACUCGCCGAACCAAUUGACGGUCCUUUCGUUUCUCUAGUUCAUGGAAUGCCUCGACUAAGUUGGAAAGGCCGUGAAGGCUCCGACCCAGAAUUGGUCGAUCAUUUUAUUAUUGAAUGGAGAACGAGAACAGAACAACGCUGGAACCAAUUGCCACAGCGUAUUCAAUUCACAGGGUGGCAAAGGCCGUAUAAUGUUGAUUUGGAUCAAUUGCCUGCUGGGCAUUUAUAUGAAGUUCGCCUUCGGGCACUCGAUCACAAUUUGGGUACAGCAUUUCUUUCUGGAACGGUCACAGUCCAAGCCCAAGCUCAAUGCCGACCACCCCAUUCGUCGCCAAGAAACUUGGAGAUAACUCCUCUGGGUCCAAACCAACUUCGCUUGAGUUGGCAUCCUUUGCCCGAAACGGAAUGGAAUUGUGAUCAGCUUUGGUAUGUGGUCAAGUAUUCCAGCACUGAACAACAGGUUGGUUUGAUAGAUAAGAGACCUGAGAAUUUAGAGGUGUUAGUCGCAAGUCCAGUCUACCCACACCUCAAUGUAAAAAUCGCAUAG